AUUUCCACGCGACUAGUUCUUCGACUCAAAAUGGUAUAAUUUUGUAGGAAGAAAAAGCAACAUGAUAUUGAAUACAUACGCUUAACAACACAUUACAAAAUGAACUGCAGAAAAAUACUUGUUCAGCUUUAUUUGAUUAUGCAUUCAGUUGUACACUCAGACUCGGAAGUACGCGGGAAUAAUUUGCCAUGUGAAUAUAGUUUCCAUGUAUGGUAUCCCGACGAAGAUAUCAGACAAAAAGUGAAGGAUGUCAGUUAUAAGGUGAGCAAUAUUACGGGAUAUAUAGACAGGGAGUUUCUUACGAUGAAAGCUACAGCUUUGGAAGAAUUGAAACAAUGUCAAAACUGGACCAUACAUCUAGAACGGCAAAUUACAGAAUUAAAAUUUAAAACAUUGAAGGGAAGGAUCAUUGAAAGGGACACAUCUAACAGUAUUACUGAUGUUGAAAGAGAUCUUUUAGACCUAAAAAAGAAAGUAAGCCAUUUGAAAAACAAUUAUCAAAGGAUGCAUAGAGGUUUUCAAGCUUUAAAUAUUGGAAAUAUGAGAAAAGCAGAGCCCAUAAGCCAUCGUGAAAUAAAUAUGCUUGAUUUGUUAAAAAAUACUGUUCGGGAUUUGAAAGCUGAAUGGGUUGUAGUGAAGCGUGACGUCAUAGAAUUACAAACAGAACACAGGAGUAUUAAAAUGGGCCAAAAUAAAUACAGUAACAACUCUUUUCAUAUUGCGGAAUCCAUCCAAUUACUUACAACGAAAUUAUCCACCUUGGAGGUAAAACACGAUGAUUUAACAAAUGCUUUAAAAUCACAAUCAGAUAAAAAUGAUAACUUAAAUGGUAGCAUACAGGAACUGAAAGCUCACGAUGAGGAAUAUACAGUAACUGCAGACAUUAUAAAAAACGAUCUGAAAAAUUUAGAAGCUAAAGUAAAAUCCGUUGAUAAAGACCUUGGAUUGUUAAAGGAUGACAAUGCUUAUCUAAAGACGUUAGUCAUUGCGUCUUUGAAGUCUACGGAAGUUAAUCAUGACGGGACUAAAGAAAAUAAACGAAGAGUGAUCACGAGUAUACCCAAGGAUUGCCAAGAUGUAAGUGAAAUGGGAUAUGAUGUUAGUGGUGUGUACCAGAUCAAACCAGAAGGAGCAGAGGAACCAGAUAAUAUUUACUGCGAAUUUCUUAACGGAACUGCAUAUACUGUUAUUCAACGUCGCACUGAUGGUCUUCUUAGCUUUAACAGGCAGUGGAUCGAAUAUAAGUUCGGUUUUGGAAAUCUGUACGGCAGCCACUGGAUUGGAAACGAAUGGAUUAAUUUUGUUACAAAUCAAAAUGAGUAUACGCUACGAAUUGAUAUGUGGGACUGGGAAGGAAAGAAACAUUUUUCUGAAUAUAGAAUCUUUUCAAUUGGAAGCCAGGAUGUAGAUUAUCAGAUCCACGUGGGUGGAUACACGGGGAAUGCCGGGGAUUCCCUCAGCUUCCACGACGGUAUGAAGUUUAGUACUGAGGACAUGGAUAAUGACCUCAAUGUCCGUCAUUGCGCGGCGGAAAACAAAUCUGGAUGGUGGUUCAAUAAUUGCUAUCUUAGUAACCUAAAUGGCGUGUACCACGUCGGAUUUUAUUCUCACUCUCAGUACAGUGAUGGUAUUGUUUGGUUUACACUGAAAGAGGACGAUAAGUAUUCACUUCGAAAAGUGGAAAUGAAGCUUAGGCGAAAUACAAAUUGAACUAUUACAAUUAUAAUACUUAUUCAUCAAUUUGGAAUCUGAUAUUGUUUUAUAAA